AGACAUGGAAAUUCUGUUGCCACCAAUCACGCAACGUGCAAAACAACGUCAAUUCCCUAUCCCAUUUUGAGUUACCAGGUGGACCCCAGGGAAGAGAUGCUUGGAAGUUUACCUUCCUAAUUUCUUUUUCUCUGCCCUUCUAAACUCCCAUGCCCCCCCCCCCCCCCCAAACAAACAGAACUUGUCGAGUUUCCUAUACUUCCGCAUCCCAUUCCCUAGUCUGAUUUCCCCCCAACCAAACACGCUGUAUGAGUAAACGAAGGAUUUCUUUACGAAACUUUGGCCGUCUUGACCCCCCUCCCCGUCUCUCCCCGUCUCACAUCUCUGUCCAGUCCAUUUUAGCUAGCGACGAGAAAGAAAACAGAACAAAUAAACCGCGUGGUCGCGUCCUCCUUCCUUCUCCAGCUCGCAGCAUCCGGCGAUAAUUAAUUGCAGCAGCAGCACCGCCCCGCUGCUUACAGCUCCACCGGACCAGGGAAGAAGUUGAGGCGCGCAUGUGAGUUUGCAGCCUCCUCUCCCCUACGACGUCCACCUCCACCACUACCGUCGUCGUCGUCGUGCUAGAUCCAGCAAGCUUAAGCCCCCUUCCGUUCGGAAAUUCGCAGCAGCAGCGCGUCGAAGCCCUCGCGUCGGGUUGAGAGAGACGCCGGGAUGGCUGCGGCCCGUGGAUUCUCGCUCCUCCUCUUCUCGGCCGCCGUCCUGGCGGCGUUCGCCUCCGCUUCCCCCUUCAUCUCCGACGGCGUGUUCCAGGCGAGCGCCGGAUCUACCGGGAGGAGCUUGCUGCAGGCCAAGAAGAGUUGCCCUGUGAACUUUGAGUUCCAGAACUACAAAAUCAUCACGGACCAGUGCAAAGGGCCAAAGUAUCCUGCUAAAAACUGCUGCGAUGCUUUCAAGGAAUUUGCAUGCCCAUUUAAUACGUACAUCAACGACGAGAGCAAUGACUGUGCAUCCACAAUGUUCAGCUACAUCAACCUAUAUGGCAAGUACCCACCUGGCCUGUUUGCCCAUGAGUGCCGAGAAGGCAAGCUAGGGCUUUCUUGUGAGGGCAUCGCCCAGAAAGACGUUGCUGCAAGUGGAGGUCAAAGAGCUCGAAGCAGCUCGCUUGCUCUGAUUACUCUCUCGUGUGUGAUGGCAGCGUUGCUGUUCCACUGAGUGAUGAUGAAACCUUCUACUAUUUCGCCAAAGAUUUGUUAAAUGAUGAUUAGGCUUGAAUUCAUCUGCUGCUCGUAAAGGUGCUCUUGGAAUUUUCCUUGCUGUGAAAUCUCUUCUAAUUUUAAGUUAUGCCAGAUUACAUAUUUUCUGGAAUCUCAGCUGAUUGCCAACUGACAGUUCACCCUAUUGUCGUAUUGUGCCUCUUACACUGCUGCGUAUAAUGUUAUCUAUAGUUUUGGUCAUUGGAAGGAGUAUGAAUAUAUGAUUUCAGACUAA